AUGGAGAACCCGAGAGAAAUGAUGGAGGUAGAGGCUGAAGUCAGCCACAACGGGGAGAGCACAGCCAACCCUCCGACCGAAGAAGAGGAAGAAGCGAGCAGGAGAGAGAAGCUGGAGGAAGUGCGGAAGAGAGACAAGGAGCGUCUGCGUGAUCUGCGCAAGCAGCAAAAGGACGCUCUCCAAGAAGCUCGAAGCCAACAGAACCAAAUCGUGGAAGCCCAAGAGGGGCAGGCCAAGUCCGACCGUCUUAAGUAUCUUCUUCAGCAGACUGAGAUCUUCACCCACUUCAUCAAGAGCGGCACCUCCGCCAAGGGCGCCACGGAGGGAAGGAAAGGGAAGGAAAAAAGAGGCAAGAAACGAGGCAGGAUUACGGAGCAAGAAGAGGACGAGGAGAUCUUGCACGAUGAACUUGAGCAGGAUGAAGAAGAGAACGUGGAAGGGGUCAACUGGCUGGUGAACCUCUAUCACAACGGCAUCAACGGCAUUCUGGCUGAUGAAAUGGGGCUGGGCAAAACGCUGCAGAGCAUCACGCUGCUGGGGUACCUCAAGCACGAGCGAGGCCUGGGCGGGCCGCACAUGGUGAUCGUGCCCAAGACGACGCUCUCCAACUGGAUGAAUGAAUUCCGCAAGUGGUGUCCCUCGCUGAAGGUCCUCAAGUUCCACGGCAACAAGGAGGAGAGAGCGGAGCUGCGCGUGCAGCAUCUGCUGCCGGGCGCGUUCGAGGUGCUGGUGACCACCUACGAGAUGGCCGUCAAGGAAAAGGCCGCCCUGGGCAAGUUCAGCUGGCGGUACAUCGUCAUCGACGAGGCCCACCGCAUCAAGAACGAGAACUCGAUCCUCUCCCAGGUGGUGCGCAUCUACAAGAGCCAGUACCGCCUCCUGCUCACCGGCACCCCGCUCCAGAACAACCUUGACGAGCUGUGGGCCCUCCUCAACUUCCUCCUGCCCGAGGUCUUCAGCUCCUCCGAGGACUUUGACAGCUGGUUCAACCUCGACCAGCACCACCACCACCACCAACCCACCCGGACAAGCCACCACCACCAACAGCAGCAGUCGAGGCAGCGAGAGGCCGAGAAGGCGGAGGCUGAGGAGGCCGAGAAGGAGGAGGAGGAGAAAGAGGAGGAGAAAGAGGAGGGGGAGGAGGAGGGGGAGGCGACGGCGGUGGGGGCGGACGAGAUCGUGGGCAAGCUGCACAUGGUGCUGCGGCCGUUCCUGCUGCGGCGGCUCAAGGCCGAGGUGGAGCGUAAUCUGCCGGCGAAGAAGGAGAUCAAGCUGUUCGUGGGCAUGUCCAAGAUGCAGCGGGAGUGGUACCUGCGGAUCCUCACGCGCGACCUCGAGGCCGUGAACGGGGUGGUCAAGGGCAAGGCCGGGCGCAUGCGGCUGCUCAACCUGGUCAUGCAGCUGCGCAAGGCCUGCAACCACCCGUACCUGUUCGAGGGCGCCGAGCCGGGUCCGCCCUACGAGGAGGGCGAGCACCUGGUGACCAACGCGGGCAAGCUCGUGGUGCUCGACAAGCUCCUCCCCAAGCUCCGCGCGCAGGGCUCGCGCGUCCUCAUCUUCUCGCAGAUGACCCGCCUCCUCGACAUCCUCGAGGACUACCUGCUCCUCCGCGGCUACGAGUACCGCCGCAUCGACGGCAGCAGCCACGCCCUCGACCGCGAGAGCGCCAUCGACGACUUCAACGCCCCCGACUCGCCCCUCUUCGUCUUCCUCCUCUCCACCCGCGCCGGCGGCCUCGGCAUCAACCUCGCCACCGCCGACACCGUCGUCCUCUACGACUCAGACUGGAACCCGCAGGUCGACCUCCAGGCUCAGGACCGCGCCCACCGCAUCGGCCAGACCAAGCCCGUCACCGUCUUCCGCUUCGUCACCGACGGCUCCAUCGAAGAGAAGGUCAUCGAGCGAGCCGAGGCCAAGCUGCACCUGGACGCGGUUGUCAUCCAGAAGGGGCGUCUCGCGGAAAAGAACAAGGCCCUGGGUGAAGACGAGCUCCUCUCCAUGAUCCGGUUCGGCGCCGACGAGAUCUUCAAGUCGGGCGACAGCACCAUCACCGACGAGGACAUCGACCUCAUCAUCUCCCGCGGCGCGCAGCGCACCGAGGAGCUCAACGAGAAGUUCCAGUCAAGCGCCAACACCCUGCUCGACUUCUCCCUCGGCAACACCAAUCCGCAGCAGCAGGCCUCCCUCUACCAAUUCCAGGGCGUCGACUACUCUGCGGAGGCGCGAGGAGGGAGGAAGAAGCAGAGCUGGAUGAAGCCUCCCUCGCGCACGCGCAAGGUGGCCAAGGACUAUUCCGUCGAUGGGUACUAUCGCGGAGUCAUGCGGCCCGACAAAGGAGCCAACAACAAGAAAGCACCUGCCGCUCCGAGAGCCCUCAAGCAGCCCGUGCUGCACGAUUUCCAGCUGUUUCCUGCACGCCUGCACGAGCUUCUACACAAGGAGGCAGUGGCCUACGCAGCCAAGGUGGAAUGGCAAACGGCCAAGGCCAGAGCCGAGCCAGCGCUGGCCGACGAUGCCGAGCAGGAGCAGCAGGAGCAACAAGAGGCACAGCCCGACUUUGGGGAGCUCACCAAGGAGGAGGAGGCGGAAAAGGACGCCUUGCUCGCCGAGGGAUUCGGCAGCUGGAAUCGUCGGGACUUCAAUGCGUUUGUCAAGGCCUGCGAGCGAUACGGGAGGUGGGACCUCGACAGCAUCGCCGCAGCUCUCAAGGAUUCCAAGAGCCGAGAGGAAGUGGAGAACUACUCGAAGGCCUUGUGGCAAACUGCCGACACCGCUCUCGCACAAGACUGGCCCCGGCUUCUGGCCAACAUCGAGAAGGGCGAAGCCAAGCUGCGCCGUCGUGAGGAGAUGGCGGCCAUGUUGGCCUCGGCAGUGGAGUCUUGCACCAACGCGUGGUGGCAGCUGGACCUUACCUACACGAGUGGCAAGGGCAGAAUCUACACGCAGGAGGAAGACCAGUUCAUCCUGUGCACGACCCACCAAAUCGGCUACGGCAACUGGGAUCGGCUGAAACAGGAAAUUCGUCGCUCCUGGCAAUUCCGCUUCGACUGGUUCCUCAAGUCCCGCACGCCGCAGGAACUUGGCCGGCGCUGUGACACCCUCAUAAAGAUGCUUGAAAAG